ACUGCACCCGAUUGCAGUUGAUAAUGGUUCUUUUCAUAAACCUCGAACAAUCAAGUUCGGCAUACGUGCCACGCUUAGUAUUAAUUCAAGGCUUAGCCGAUGAGGAUACUAUCUGCGAAAUAAACACAAAUUCGUACAAUGAAGUUUGAAGCUCUACUGAUUCUAGUGCCACUGUUUAUCUUCGCACUGGCCCAGGAAACUCCACUACCUGAUACGGCGGGCUGCAUUGCGUCUGAAUGCAUUACUCAUCCUCAGAUAAAGACUCUUUGGUGCCACAUAGAGCCACAGUUCUACUGUCAGUGUGUUCCACUUGAAUCGCGUGUUUGGGUGGAGAUGGUACGACCGUGUGCCCCUGGAACGUAUUUCAGUUUCCCCCAUCAAGACUGCGUCAAUCCGGAAAUGCGUGAUCCUGAUGCUUGUUAUCCGGAUGGGAGCGGAAACGGAAGUGGAGACGAUUCGUUUAUCCUAUGUGACGAACCACCGUGUCGUGUAGAAAAGGACGUCCUGGUGGGGAUCGAUGCUCCUGAAAUAAUCGACGAUCAACAGUUGGAAGAUGACGCAAUGGAAUUUUUGUUUCCCAGAAGGCGCAUGUGAAAUUUUUGUUGGGCUUAAUAUCAAGCUUAAUAAAAAAAUUGAUGUGAAACUACGUCUUUGUUUUCGAUGUAGUGCAAAAUUCUUCAAAAAUGAAAAAAAUACGAAAGACGGUUAGGUUUUGAUCGCUUAUAACACGGUGUUAUAAAAAA